AUGACGACCAGAGUGAGAGACGCGGCGACGGGGAAGCGUUACGUGUGCCGACUGUUGCCGUGUCGGAGCCAGGAGGAGGUGGAGUUCUUGCUGAAGGAGGCGUACCGUACCCAGGAAAUUCGCAACCCAUACCUCGUGAAAAUGCACAGUGCCCACCCUCACCGCAUCGCGACGUACGACGAGAGGGGCGUGCAAACAACGGGGGGGGAAGUCGUACUCAUACAGGCAGAGUUCUGCGCUGGUGGCUCCCUGCAGAAUCACCUCAAUCUGCUGCUAGGCUCCAGCGGAGAAACGAGCACCGCAGGGCGUAGCUUCGACAGAGAGGUAGAGCGGCGGAUAGUGUACACGCCCGAGGCAGAAUCGAUGCUCAAGGCCGAAGAGGAGGAGAAAAAGCGACAACAGGCUAGAAACGCUCCUUCUCCAACCGCCAACAAGAUCGCCGGUCGCAGCGUACCCUGGCGAGAACCUCUGGGGACCGGUGGAGCAGCGCAAGGCGGCACGCUUUCUCAACGCCUGGAGGUUUGGGUCCGGCAGGUUGCACAUGGUCUUUCUGCACUACACGCCGACGGUGGGAUGCACCGCAACAUCAACGCUCAAAACGUGUUUCUCGACGAGAGAGGCAGGGCGAAGCUUGGCGGCUACCAGUUCCUGAAGGGUGAUGUGUGGUCAUUAGGCUGCGCUCUGUACAAGUGGACAACAGGCAAGGAGUUUUCCUCCGUCGCUGCCAGCGCGCGCCUGCAGGAUACCCUCCACCUCGUUCCGCCUAGUUACGGAGACAAGGUCAAGACCGCGCUUUUCAUGUGCUUGCAGCGUGAUCCUACCGUUAGGGUGACAUCCGCGGAUCUCUGGAAGUUCAUGGCGACGUCAGGAGACAGCACUGUUGCAAAUCCUGUUCAAGUUUCUUCAGAUCCACCCGUUGCACACUAG